CAUCGCGAAUGGACGGCUCUCUCGCCUGGUGUGCCGUGUAGUGUGUACGGUGUAUACGGUGCAAGUACGGUACGAAGCGGGACGAGCGAAAUCGGACGUGAGACGCAGGUGGAGGAAUCCUCGCGCACGGUCCUUGCGAUCGUCUGUGGAUUCGAGGUACGGUGGCCUCGUCGUUGUUCGCUGUCUCGCGGCUCGUUCACUCUCGCGAGAGUGCUCGCGCGCGCGUACGCGAAAAACGAAAGAGAGCGAGAGAGAGAGAAAGAGAGAGAGUAUAUGUAUAUGUAUAUGUGUGUGUAGGUGCGUGCGUGACGUGCGUAUCGGCGACGAGCGACGACGACGACGACGACGGCACGACGACGACGAAGCGUGUAUUGUUCCGGGGCGCGGUGCGCAACUCUCGCGAAUCAACGGCGGGCUCGCCCGAGGAUCGCAGGCGUUUAAUUAUGCCCGCGGGAUCGUCGGCCAGGUUCAGGAAAAAGGACUGCUCCGCCUGAAGAGAGUGCGCACGGAGCCUACGAGGCGCAUGCUUCCCCGCCCGCUCCCUCGCCAUUUUGGAGAAUGUUAAAUUUGGGAAUGGACUGACAGAGGAUUCAAUAAAAACAGACGGUUCAGGCAAGGAAUCUAAAGAUAACAGGGCAAGGUGUCUGGACUAGGCCUCGGGCAUCUAAUUAUCAACAACUCGACUAUGCCAGCUGUUGCAAGGCCUGGUAGUUUAAAGGACCCAGAGAUUGCCGAAUUAUUUGAGAAAAAUGAUCCGGAGAAAAUAUUUGAGGAUUUACGCGAGAUCGGGCAUGGUAGUUUCGGGGCUGUUUACUAUGCACGAUGCCUGGUUACCAAAGAAAUUGUUGCCAUCAAGAAAAUGUCUUACCUGGGGAAGCAAACGGUAGAAAAGUGGCAGGACAUUUUAAAGGAAAUUCGAUUUCUUAGGCAACUUAAUCAUCCUAACACUAUAGAGUAUAAGGGUUGCUAUCUCAGGGACCACACUGCCUGGUUGGUGAUGGAAUAUUGUCUUGGCUCUGCAUCAGAUAUUAUUGAGGUACAUAAAAGACCACUGAAGGAAGAAGAAAUAGCUGCAAUAUGCGAAGGUGUAUUACGCGGCUUGCAUUAUCUUCACUCCCUUGGGAGAAUCCAUCGUGAUGUGAAAGCUGGAAAUAUUUUACUUACUGAGAACGGUACAGUGAAAUUAGCUGAUUUUGGAUCUGCGAGUAUAAAAUGUCCAGCCAAUAGCUUUGUAGGGACUCCGUACUGGAUGGCGCCAGAAGUUAUAUUGGCUAUGGACGAGGGGCAAUAUGAUGGCAAGGUUGACGUAUGGUCAUUAGGAAUAACAUGCAUCGAAUUAGCGGAAAGAAAGCCACCUUAUUUUAAUAUGAACGCAAUGAGCGCCUUGUAUCAUAUUGCACAGAAUGACACUCCAACGUUAAAUUCGCCAGAUUGGACUGAUGUUUUUCGACAUUUUGUUGAGGUGUGUCUCACAAAAAGUCCAAUUGAAAGACCAACAUCCGGGAAACUGUUAUCACAUCAAUUUGUCACCAGACCACGUUCUCCUCAAGUUUUGAUAGAUUUGAUACAGAGAACAAAAGCCGCUGUUCGGGAAUUAGAUAAUUUGAAUUAUCGUAAAAUGAAGAAGAUCUUGAUGAUCGAUGCAUGCGAAACAGAGAGCACAGUUGGUGACGCUGACGAUACUCCUGAUGAACAAACAGGUGGCGAUAGUAGCAAAAGCAAUUCAAUUACCUCAGAACACUCGAUUCACUCGAUGGGCGUCUCAGCAAGCUCUCAAAGUUCCUCCACCAAUAGCCUGCCGCUGCCGAAUGCUGAUGGUAAUGAUUAUUCUUCGGGAUCUGUCAGAAAUCGGCAUAAGGUCUCAGCAGGUGGUGUCACUGCCAAUCUUCUUGAACACGGUGCCAAUAAUUUUGCAACAAUUAGGACAACUUCAAUUGUUACGAAACAACAAAAAGAACAUAUGCAAGAAGAAAUGCAUGAACAAAUGAGUGGAUAUAAACGAAUGAGGAGAGAGCACCAAGGUGCUUUGGUGAAAUUAGAGGAACGUUGUAAAAUGGAAAUGGAGUCACAUAAACAGCUGUUGGAUAAAGAGUAUGAAACUUUGUUACAACAGUUUAGUAAGGAUCUCGAGAAAUUGCAACUCAGACAUCUACAAGAGUUAGAACGCAAGUUAAAACAAAAUCAAAAUGCUGAGAAGAAACUUAAUAAAGAGAUAACAAGUAGACAUGAAGCUGACCGUAAAGCUCUGGAAGCUCAACAGAAGAGAGAGUACAAAGCCUAUAAAGAAAGAUGGAAAAAAGAACUUUCUCAGGAUGAAGUAACUCCAAAGAGGCAACGAGAUGCUACACUUCAAAGUCAGAAAGAUAAUUUGAGACAGAUGGAAGCGCAAGAGGAACAACGGCUUGCGAGGGGACAACGAGAAUAUUUGGAUCUUGAAAUUCGAAAAUUCCGUAGAAAAAAGUUACUCAUCUUCCAUAGUUUGGAGCAGGAGCUUCUUCGUGAAGAAUUGAAUAAACGGCAACAGCAACUGGAGCAAGCACAUGCUAUGCUUCUGCGACAUCAUGAAAAAACGCAAGAAUUAGAAUAUAGACAACAAAGAGCAGUACACGCACUUCGUGAGGAUCAAGUACAUCGACAGCAUUCAACAGAACUUUGUAAUCAGCAGGAUUAUAUGCAACGGGCCGAACGUGAUCUACGUAAAAAGCAUGCGUUAGAACUUAAACAACAACCGAAGAGUCUCAAGCAAAAGGAAAUGCAAAUUCGUAAACAGUUUAGAGAAACUUGUAAAAUACAAACACGACAAUAUAAAGCGUUGAAAGCUCAAAUCCUGCAAACGACUGCUAAGGAUGAGCAAAAAGCAGUUAUUAAAAAAUUAAAGGAAGAACAAAGACGCAAAUUAGCACUUUUAGGUGAUCAAUAUGAGCAAAGUAUUGCUGAAAUGCUUCAAAAGCAAAGUAUACGGUUAGACGAGUCACAAGAAGUAGAAUGCCAUAAUCUUAAGGAAAGGUUAAAUUAUGAAUUAGAAAUUCUAAUGGCAUACCAAUCAAAAAAUAAGAUGCAAGCCGAGGCGCAGAGGAACAGAGAACGUCGUGAAUUGGAAGACCGUGUAUCCGUCAGACGAGCUUUACUUGAACAAAAAAUGGAAUUAGAAACUCAGGAAUUCCUUCGCGAACGUAGUGAACGUAUACGCCUGUUACAUGAAAGGCAAGAACGGGAACUACAGCAAUUUGAUGAGGAAAGUGCAAGAAUAGGAUUCAGUGCUCUGGCGAUAGCUGAAGCAUCGAAAGAAUCUUAUCCAGACGAUGAAAGCCUUAGUGGCUCCAUGUUAAGUCUGGCUCACAGUAAUAGCUCCACGUCCUUCCCCCCUAAUAGUCUUUAAUUUUAAUCAUAUUAGUAUACAUAUACAUAUAUAUGUACGUAUCUAUGUAUGUAUAUGUAUAUAUGUCUGCCUGUAGUAAGUACAUGACGAGUCUGCCGACGUAUAAUAAUAAUUCAAUGACUUACAAAUAUAACAAGGGUUGGCUCAUUGCGUGCAUUGAACCGAAUCUGAAAGAUUUGUUAAGGUUGGGAAUGUGUAUUGGACUGAAAUUGUCAUAGGCGCGUAAUUUUUAAUCGUCCAGAUGUAUCAACAUACUUUGCUAGAAAAGAAAGAGAAAGCUUCAUAUUGAAGAAGAAUUUAGAUGCUUUUUGCAACAUUGUAAUAUUUAUUAAUCGUAACCAAAUAUUCUGAUGCAUAUAGAGAUAAAGGAAAAUCUUUCAAACAUUAAUCUCGUUUCUAAUAUCCAUUAGAGAAUCUUCAAAUUUAUAGGCCAGACGAUGUCAGCAUAGGGAAUAAAAAAUUUUAUACACACCUAUAC